AUGUCUUACGUCCCUCGACGACCAGUCCAUAUACGGGUUCCUAAAGCACGGUCAUAUGGUGUAAGACCAAUACGUCCUCUUCCUCCUCCCAUGCCACCUCGUGGAGCUGGAGCUGGAGCUGCUGCACUUGGUGGUGCUCUUGGAGCCCUUGGUGGAACUCUUGGUUGCCUGCUCUGUUUAUCAGCUAUUGCUGCACUGGGCCUAUUUUCAUGUGUAGUAGCUAUAACAGCAUAUGCUUAUCAAUUUCUUAGAAGUUACAGGCAAGUCGAAGGAAUUGAUGGAGCGGCUGGUCAAAUUCAAAUUGCUUUUAUGCUAUUAUUAGCUUCACUUUUUUAUACAAUCGUCUGUCGUAUGCAGCGAUGUUAG